AUGCGGAGCCCACCGGUGGCCAUCUCAGCAUCUCUGUUGCUGCUGCUGCUGCUGGUGGCCGUGCAGGCAGCCCCAAAGGUGACCCCGGUGGUGAUGCUCACCAAGCCAAAGCCGCUCCAGCUGCCAGAUGCCGCCAUGCCCUCCUUCACCCCAGACGCAGUGAAAAGCCCUGGCCCUGCAGCCCCAGGCAGGGCCCAGCUGCCUUCCUCCAGCCCUGCAUUCCAAGCGGCCACCACGCUCUUCCCAUUUGAGAACGACACGCUGGAUGCUGCUGACUUCUUCUUCAACUGCUGUGACUGCUGUCCUCCUGCUGCUGCACCCCAGGGGCUGCCGGGGGAGCCGGGCCCUCCAGGUCCUAAGGGGGAGAAGGGAGAUGCCGGUCUGCAAGGUCUGCCAGGAGCUCCGGGACCUCAGGGUCCAAAAGGCUUUAAAGGGGAAAGAGGAGGCAAAGGGGAGCAAGGCGAGAGAGGAGCAAGUGGAAGCCCUGGUUAUCCAGGCAAGCCUGGGCUGCAAGGUGAAGCUGGAGUAAAAGGCAAUAAGGGCAACUAUGGCUUCCCUGGGCUGAAGGGACAAAAGGGGUCCAAAGGGGACACUUGUGAGAAUGGCACCAAAGGGGACAAGGGAGACAGGGGGGAUGUUGGAGACCCGGGGGUGGAUGGUGAACAAGGUGACAAAGGGGAGAAGGGGGACACUGGGGACAAAGGGUAUUGCGGGGAGCCGGGGGGGAGAGGUCCGAAGGGGGAAAGAGGGGAAGGUGGGACAAAGGGAGAAAAAGGCAGCAAAGGAGAGAUGGGGGAUGAGGGCAUUCAGGGGGCUGAGGGAAAGCAGGGAGAAAAGGGUGAGCAAGGAAGUAAGGGUGACAAAGGGGACCUGGGCCCAGCUGGUGUGACGGGACCGUCUGGGCCCAAGGGGGUGGCGGGCAGCAAGGGGGGGCGAGGGGCUCCGGGGAGGAAAGGUGCCCGUGGGGCCAAGGGUGCCCGUGGGGAUGCUGCGAAGCUCCUGAGAUCGGCCUUCAGCGCGGGGCUGUCCAAGCCCUUCCCUCCACCCAACGUCCCCAUCCGAUUCGACAAGAUUUUGUACAACGACCAGGACGAUUACAACCCUGCCACUGGGAAAUUCAACUGCAGCGUGCCCGGGGCCUACGUCUUCGCCUACCAGCUGACGGUGAGAGGGCGUCCAGCCCGUGUCAGCCUGGUGGCCCGCAGCAGGAAGGUGGCCAAAACCCGCGAGACGCUUUAUGGGCAGGAGAUCGACCAGGCCUCCUUUCUGACCAUCCUCAAGCUGAGUGCGGGCGACCAGGUGUGGCUGGAGGUGGCAAAGGACUGGAAUGGGGUCUAUGUCAGUGCUGAGGAUGACAGCAUCUUCACAGGGUUUCUUCUGUACCCAGACGUUUUUGAGGUCCUGCUCUAGAUAUAAAGGGUAAAGCCGUUACUGAGGAAUGUCCCUUUCUCUCCACCCUUGAGAUAUGAGCAUUGGUUUGGCAAUGCGGUUGGUUUAAUUCCUAGGUUUUGUGAUCUUGUUACAAAAAUAUACUUGUCAAAUAGUGAUUAAUUUUAACCAGAGGCCCCAAGAAGCAGCACAUCCUUUGUGCAGGUAGUGACCACUGAGAGAAAGCGGGAACCCAAGGGGCUUCACAUCAUGGACUUGAUUACAAAUUACAUGCUGAAGCUCAUUAUCCAACUGAAAUUUUAAUUAAGCCAGCUCCAGCAAUCCUUGCAUGAUCAAAAGUCCUCUGGACAUCAGUACUGGUAACCACUGGAAGGUCAUGGGCGUGCUAAAGGCUGUAGAGUUUGAUUCAUAGAGCCGAAUCCAAAACAAACGUGAGCACUGAGUUCCUUCAGAUCACACGUAAAGAUGUAAAGGUAUUAUAUAAUUGAAUCAGUGUUAUGCAGUACUUUAGACUUGGUCGUUAAUGACAUAAAAGUUUAUCUGAGGGAGUACCGAGUCUGUCUGAUCAGUGUAAAAUACCUCCUGAAGGGAAAACAUGCUCUUAACUUUCAAAAGUAAGCAGAGGAGAUGCUCAGUCCAUGCCAUUAGGCUGCUCUGAAGGCCAUGCUGCUGAACCACUGGUGAUUCCACUGGUGCUGCUGGAACAGCCCUGGGCUGCUGGGAGCAAUGUGGGAGGUGGCGAGAGGCAGCUUUGGCACUCACACAAAUCCUGCAGCAUUACAAGCACACGGACAGAGCUUUACAGCACCUCUGGGGUGUUAAAUAUGGCACACAAAAUUGUUCUGAUCACUUUUUGUUCGGUUAGAAAUAAACCUGAAGUCCCAUAAUUAGCAUUCAGUGGCAACGGGAUUUUCUCAUCCUCUCAGCAGUCAGGAGCCCAGGGCAUUUCCCCAGCGAUGAUGUGAUGAAUGCCGGGUCUGACCCCAACGCAGGCAUUGAAUUGGGUUGCUAUUCCCACUGCUCUCAGCUUCCUUGUUUAAAUUGCCAUCAUGCUUUCCAUAUGCUAUUUGAAUACCAUCGUAAAUCAUGUCCCUCGUGUCUUCUUUUCCCAUGGCACCAACAUGAAACGUCCCUAAGACUUUUUUAUGUACUCUGAGAAAAUUAACACGGGAGAACUGCUGUUAAAUUUUAAGAUAAAAAACAAGGCAAUUUUAUAAGGCUGAUCCUAUCUACUUGGUAAACGUAAGGGGUCCUUCAGUUCAUCAGCUUCUCAGCCCUGCUUCAGUAUCAGCAAUUCAAAUGUGAGACGUAUUGCCUUUGUCGGAGGCAGUACUUAAUUUGGGGCUUAAUCUGAGUUAGUUCCUAUGUGGAUCAAACUCAGAGUACUAAGUAUAUAAAAGAUGCAGAUUUCAGUUUAUGAAUUCCCUGGCAGCUGGUGAAUAUUGAGGAAAAACAACAAGUUAUAAUAAUAAUUUCAGAUUCCUGCUGUCACAACACCCUUAAUUCUUUUGUUGUGCCUUCACGCUGCUUCUCAUACGGUCUCUGUAACAGAUGGUGGUAUAUGGACAUCUGACAAGCAAUUUUCUCCUCUCCUACUGCAGUUUCUUACACUUUUUGUAUAAAUAACCUCUACAAAUGCUCCUGAGAAAGCAAUGCAAUAAUUCGGGGUCUCUCAAGAAUCUAAUCAGAUCUCAUCCUUUCCGUAAAUUAAUUGCUUGGCUGUCUGGGGAAGAGCUAGCAGCACCCCACGAGCUGGAAGAGCUCCUACUUCGUUACAAAAGUCUCUGCAUAAGAUAUAUCCAGCAAGAUGAGGAGCCUUUGGGCCACUUGAAUCCCAUGGAUGUGCCCUGAGAGCAGGUUAAGAGGAGCAGCUGGAGGCAAUUCAAAGGUCUGAGCUCACAGACCUCGAGGAAGGAUAGAGGAUGCUCACAGCACAGCCCCAUAACAAAUAUGGGAGGUCUGUGACAGCAAUCUGAACUUGUUUUUGCCACUAGCUUAAUGCCAGUGAGAGGCAGUGCUGCUGGAAACCCUGACUGGGAAGGCAGAGAAGCAUGCAGGAAAAAUGGCUGAAAUAACACAUAGCUCCUCCAUAUGCAUAAGUAUCUCAGGGUCUGCCUUGCCAGCACUACUUUGGAUUCAAAGCAUGUUCACAUCUAUCCCUUGCUUAUUUUGAAAUGAGUGUUGUGGGUUUUUUUUCUUUCCCACAUUUAAUUAGGGUACAUGAAACAAGUAUCAUGCAGAGUUGAACCCGUGCUAAGCAUAGUGAAGGGUGGUUUAGAUAAACACACAUCCUUUUAGAGAAGGACUUAUCCUGAACAUCAAACGGAAUUAACUUUCACCCAAGCCAUUUUCAAUUGAAAAGGGUUAUUUUAUUUCCCUUUAUUUUUUAGUAGGUAUUUCUAUUCCCCCUGUUGUUGUGCUCCAGCAAAGUGUUCUACUGCAACAGCUCCUGAUGGAAACAAACUGUUCCAGGGAAGUUCUGAGGUGACAAAAAUCCCCUAAUUUUCAUAGGCUCUUCCUCAGUUUUCAUGCCACAUCAGAACAACAGAGAAUGAAUAGAUUGAGGGUACGCUUUGUCACACUGGGUACAGUUGCUACAAAUGCCAAAGUAUUCGUUCCAUUCCACUUGAACUACCACUUAGUUCAGAUUUAUUUUGUAAAACUAAGUGUCCCCUGCCUGCAUUGCAGUGAAGCAGUUUGACCCUAGCACGAAAUAAAAUAAAUGCUGUGUGCAAAUCAGAAGAGCAGCUGUUUUCAAUAACUAAGAAAGAUCAUUCCAAGCUGAUAUAAGGCCGUAAAAAGCGGCUGCUUUGUCCAUUAGGAUGUUGAGGGCUAAAUCUACAGAGGAAUUUGGGUACCUUGAUAGCAAAAAUGCCCCUAAACCCUAAGCUGGAUAGCCCAGACCUCUGCAUGAAUCAUGGAACGGCCUGGGUUGAAAAGGACCACAAUAAUCAUCCAAUUCCAACCCCACUCCCGUGUGCAGGGUCACCAACCACCAAACCAGGCUGCCCAGAGCCACAUCCAGCCUGGCUUUGAAGACCUAGGACAUCAGGAAGAUGGGGAAUGCCUCAAAUAACCUUGAAUCUUGCUGUAAACUUGUCCUUAUCCUCCAAACCUGGCUAUAACCUGGGCAUUCUGGUUCUUCUUACUAUUGUUUUGGCCUUCCAGGUGCUCUGUGCUUGUGAAUGCCUCCACCUGCAGCUUGUUUUUCUCAGCUGGCAAGCUCAACUUGCCCUAGAAUAAAAGCCACUUGCAACUAUUCAGGGCUGCCCUGUUGGUUGAUGAAGGAGGCGUGGAUGGUUUUGUGUUGGAGUACAGAACACGUGGUGGGGCCCUUUUUCCUGUGAAGUUAAUGUACCAUAUCCUAGGCAGCAGCCAGAUUUCUCCACCAUGGUGCAAUUUUUCUCAGCAAGGGAGGCUGUGAAGAGGUGAGAAAGUGGAAGGAAGAUGAAUGCAGAUGGUCCUUCUGUGGCAUUAGAGAAAUCUGGAAAGAUUCACAGGGACAUUCAUCAAUGAGCCUCUGUUUCUGAGAAUCACAGAACCAUUAAAAUUGGAAAACACCUUGAAGACCACCGAGCUCAACCCACCCCACCAUGCCUACUGUGUCCCUCAGAGCCACCUCUCUACUGUUCUGGGAUACCUCCAGGGGCAAUGGACUCCACUGCUCUCUGGGCAGCUGUGUCAGUGCAUGACUGCUCUUUGGGGAAAAAAAUGUUUGCUUAGCUCCAGCUGAGCUCCCCUGGAGCAAUGUAAGGCCAUCACCUCUUGUCCUGUUGCUGCUCCCUGGGAGCGGAGACCAACUCCCAGCUUGCCACAACCUCCUUUCAGGGGUUGUAGGGAGCAAUGAGAUCUCAUCUGUUCUUCCUCUAGAUGGAACCACGUAAUUACCUCAGCUGCUCCUCCAUAGGGCUGUGCUUCAGACCCUCCUCUGCCUUUGUUGCCAUUCAAUAGAUGCACUCUACCACAUCAAUAUUUUUCCUGUAGCAAGGGGUCUCAGAAGAAUCCAUGAGCAAGACUUUGCUGCUAUCUGAAGGAAAGGCUCCAGAGCUCAAUUGGAUGCGAAUGUUUCUCCCUGGCACUCUUCUCAUGUAGCUAAUCUCCAGGAGGAUGCAGGGUUCAGAGUAUGAGCAUGUUUUGGGUUUUUGCAUAAGGAACUUUGAUCCCAGGCCGUGUGUCUGUGGUGUCUACUUUCCAUGACAUCUGCCAUGUGCAUUUUUUCCCUUCCCUUGUUGCAGGGCUUCCCCUGUAAGAAGUACAGAUUAAAUUAGGAGAAAGAAAUAGAAGCACAUGGGCUGGAGCCUCCUAUGCCAGGUUUAGCUCACAAGUUAUUGCUGUCUGUGCUUUGCUCUGAAGGCUGGGAUGUAGAUAUAAAAGUGUACCUCCAGUUUCACGAAAAAGCUUAAUUUUUUUUUAAACAAAUGGUGCUUCAAGGUACGGAGCUGGGGAAUGGGGCCUGUAUUUAUAGCCAGUGUCUGUGAGUAUGUGAGAUCUGCAGCUGUACCACGUGGGCGCUGCUGAUCUGAAAACUCCUGUUCACAGCAGGUGGGACGCAGGAUGGCUUUGGUUAUUUAACAGCUCAGUUGGAAUCAAGCAACCAGUAUCUGCUGCAAAUCUGCUCUGGAGUCCUGGUAAAACUGCUUAGUGCUACUGUGUUAUUUCUUUAGCUCUGGUCUCAAAAUUGCACAAAACCAUUAUGGACUAGUGGGCACUGUAAAUACGUAUGCCAAUUCCUUAACAUUGUCUUGCUGUUUAAUGAGCUGCUGCUUUGACCUGUUGCAGUGUCAACAGGAAGAAGACAGUCCAUUUCUCCCUGAGGGCCAAGUGAAAUGCUGAAAUGGGUAAGGACACAAUUUGUUUCUGCAGCUGCUUUGGGUUUAGGUUGUCAUUGAGUAUGUUUAUUUGUUAGAAAGCAGCCAGUGGAAUC